UAGCUCGAGUUGUAGUAUAAAAUCUGUCGUUGGGGAAAGGAUUUGCAGCAUUGUGAGAUACAGGAAUGGAGGCUCCAAUGAAGUUAAUCUGCCUUCUGGGAUUGCUUGUGAUUGUCGUUAGCAUGGCUGGGCUUGAAAGGGUUGAUGGGGCAAGCGCAUGUGGAAAAUCUUCUCCAGACAAUGAGGCUAUGAAGCUUGCUCCUUGUGCAACGGCGGCACAAGAUGAGAAAGCAGAUGUGUCUGACAGUUGCUGCCUCCAGGUGAAGAAAAUAGGCCAGAACCCAAGUUGUCUAUGCGCUAUCAUGCUUUCUGACACUGCCAAAAGCUCAGGAGUCAAGCCUGAGAUUGCUCUCACCAUCCCCAAGCGCUGCAACAUCGCUAAUCGUCCAGCGGGAUACAAGUGUGGACCUUACACACUGCCUUGAUGGAACAUAAAGGUAUUGAAGGCCAUGGACUGGGGCAUAAAAAGCUGGUAGCUGAUGUUGUAAUGGUUGCCGUUGCUUCGGCUUUGUAUAUUUAGGCAAUAAAAGCCAGCAGAUUGUAAGCCUCUCCAUAUAUAUUAUAUAUGCUUUUAGACUUCA